CUAAUUUGCCAUAGCAAAGGACAAUGCAUAUAGGGUGACACCAUCCAACAGAAAUGGGGAAGGAUAAGAACAUACUCUACCUUGGAAACCUACGCCGUGACCUGCCUCUUAUAGAAUUGAAAAACAAUCUGCUGGAGCUCUUCUGCAAUUACAUAGGUGUUGUUGUUGAUUGGAAUGAUAUUGAUAUUAAGAAGGGCAAACAGGCAUGGUUUGCUUUUGUAGAUCUUCAUGAUGAAGGUGAGGCCUCGGAGACAUUGGAGGAAUUAGCCUCCUGGGAAAAUCGCCGUAACCUUCGUUAUAACUUCACAUACAUAGUGCAGCCUUAUGAGUCGCUCACCGUUGAUUAUAAAAAGGUGAAGAAACCCAGGAAAAGUAAGAAACCAAAACCAGAAGAAGAACACAGCGAGGUUGAACAUUCUCAAUCUGGAUCGAGGAACAACAAUGCUGAUAAAAAAGAAAGCAGAGAUACCAAAACACUUUCUACUGUAAAACAGACCAGUGGGACAAUUUCAGCCAGUGAUAAAAAGAGCACUUCUAAACAGAGUUAUAAGGAAGGAGGAAAAACAGUGUCUCCAAGUCCUUCAAAACCAAAGACUGCAUCAAGCAAUAAAGAAGGGCAGGAAACAGUAACAACAGGUGUAGCAAACCUGAGUCUUAGUGAGAACCACUGCUCAACAUCGACCUCAAUGACAGGGUAUCUGGCGGAGGGGUCACCUGCAGCCACGUCCACUACUGGUCUUGUACAGCUGUCUGAUCGACACUACGCAUUAGAACAGUAUCUUGGUACCGAAACACGCAGCAGAGAGUAUAAACUUGGUUCUGGUAACUAUAUAAGGAAACAGCUGAACAAGGAUGUUGGAAAGUAUGUGUGUGGCUUCCUGAAUAGUAGAGAGGCUGGUACACUGAUGAUCGGUGUCAGCGAUACAGGUCAUGUUAAGGGUGUGGAAUGUAACCAAUCACAAGAGGACAAGGCCAGACUUGACAUUGAUAUGGCUAUCAAAAAUAUAAACCCAGCCAUCUUCCCUAACAUGUACACAGUUCAAUUUGUCCCUGUUCUCACCAACAGUUUGCCUUCUGAGCCCCUCCUCCGUGUGUUGGAGGUGAAUGUGAAAGCUCUUGAGGAUACAGAUGUUCUAUAUGCUACAUGUGGAGAUGUCUAUGUUCGGAGGGAUGGUAGUGUCCAGGGACCCCUCAAGGGUGCUGAAAUCCAAGAGUGGACCAGACAGAGACAUCAGAAGGAGAUCCAGCAGCUCCGUAAGACUGUGCUUCUACAGGAAGAGCGGCUACUACAACAAGAACACCAAACAAACAAGUCUAAAGUCUGUGCCAUUUUAUGA